CAACGCCCCUAACCACUACACCACCUGCUAGCCCAUCUCUGUAUUAAUAGCUAGUUACUAGGUCCCCUAGGCUGUCUGAAGAUGAAAACAUUUCCAUGUGGAUUCAAUAUUAAUCUAAAACAAAACCUUAUAGUAUAUUAUGAUUUUCUUAAGCAAAAGUAGGAACUAACUUGAUUUUUGUUAUACAAAUGGGGAGAGGGUAGAGUAGGUGCCUGGGGUCAUUGCUUGGCUGGGGGGAUUGUGGCUCAGAGAAGAAGGGUGGCAAGUCCCUGAGCCCCUAAGAAUUCUGAGAGGAGCAGCUUAUAUAAUAGGUUGCGAUUGGAGUGCAUAUCAGUUCCUUGCAGCUUGGGAAGAAGUGAAGCAAACUGACUCAGGUACGUUUGGAGGGCAUGGGGAUUCCUUUUUUUUUUUUUUUUUUCUUUGUUACUAGUCUCCAGAGAUAAAAACUCAAUCGGCUGGUUCUAAACUUCUAUGCUAAUAACCACCUCCUUUCCCCCAUCCGACUUUAUCGGGGCUAGGGCCAACUUUCAGGGACCUGGAAACUGCUUGCCAUCAGGUCACUUGUAAAUUUAGGAGGCUAUGGAUAUUGGUAAUAAAGGUGUGAGAAAGGGGAGAAGGAACUGUUUUAGCUUUAAGACACCGGAACCUCUGAGCUUCCUGCAAAACCAUUCGCAGCUUUUGCAAACCGCCUUAAAGUCAUCAGCGCCCCACUGCGGAAUUCGGGAAUUUGAAGCUAAGCUUGUUACAAUUGUUAACACCUUCGACCAGUCUUUCUCCAUUUGACAAUUACUCCCUUCCUUUUCUUGCCAGCAGGAAGGUUCUGCUGCCUUGGUUUUAGGGAGUCCCUCUACAGCGAACAGCCCCCCUUCGUGUGCAGAAGUCGGGGGAAGAUUUCUAUCGGCUCUCCCGCCUUGCAGGAUGCCGGUGCAGCUGACGACAGCCCUACGUGUAGUGGGCACCAGCCUAUUUGCUCUGGUAGUGCUGGGUGGCAUCCUGGCAGCCUAUGUGACAGGCUACCAGUUCAUCCACACAGAAAAGCACUACCUGUCUUUUGGCCUGUACGGCGCCAUCCUGGGUCUGCACCUGCUCAUCCAGAGCCUGUUUGCCUUCCUGGAGCACAGGCACAUGCGGCGUGCUGGCCGGCCACUGAAGCUGCCCUCCCCUGUGCGGCGCUCAGUGGCACUCUGCAUUGCCGCGUACCAGGAGGAUCCUGACUACUUGCGCAAGUGCCUGCGCUCUGCCCAACGCAUCGCCUUCCCUGACCUCAAGGUUGUCAUGGUGGUGGAUGGUAAUCGCCAUGAGGACGCCUACAUGCUGGACAUUUUCCAUGAAGUUCUGGGUGGCACUGAGCAAGCUGGCUUCUUUGUGUGGCGCAGCAACUUCCAUGAGGCAGGUGAGGGUGAGACAGAGACCAGUCUGCAGGAGGGCAUGGACCGUGUGCGGGAUGUCGUGCGGGGCAGCACCUUCUCAUGCAUCAUGCAGAAGUGGGGAGGCAAGCGCGAGGUCAUGUACACAGCCUUCAAAGCUCUUGGCGACUCAGUGGACUACAUCCAGGUAUGCGACUCGGACACUGUGCUGGAUCCAGCCUGCACCAUCGAGAUGCUUCGAGUCCUGGAAGAGGAUCCCCAAGUAGGGGGAGUCGGGGGAGAUGUCCAAAUCCUCAACAAGUAUGAUUCGUGGAUCUCCUUCCUGAGCAGUGUGCGGUACUGGAUGGCCUUCAACGUGGAGCGGGCCUGCCAGUCCUACUUUGGCUGUGUACAGUGUAUCAGUGGGCCCCUGGGCAUGUACCGCAACAGCCUCCUCCAGCAAUUUCUGGAGGACUGGUACCAUCAGAAGUUCCUAGGCAGCAAGUGCAGCUUUGGGGAUGACCGGCACCUCACCAACCGAGUCCUGAGCCUUGGCUACCGGACUAAGUAUACAGCUCGCUCCAAGUGCCUCACAGAGACUCCUACUAAGUACCUCCGGUGGCUUAACCAACAGACCCGCUGGAGCAAGUCUUACUUCCGGGAGUGGCUCUACAACUCUCUGUGGUUCCAUAAACACCACCUCUGGAUGACCUAUGAAUCAGUGGUCACAGGUUUCUUCCCCUUCUUCCUCAUUGCCACAGUCAUACAGCUUUUCUACCGGGGUCGCAUCUGGAACAUUCUCCUCUUUCUGCUGACAGUGCAGCUGGUGGGCAUUAUCAAGGCUACCUAUGCCUGCUUCCUUCGGGGCAAUGCAGAGAUGAUCUUCAUGUCUCUCUACUCCCUUCUCUAUAUGUCUAGCCUCCUGCCGGCCAAGAUCUUUGCCAUUGCUACCAUCAACAAGUCUGGCUGGGGCACCUCUGGUCGAAAAACCAUUGUGGUGAACUUCAUUGGCCUCAUCCCUGUGUCAAUCUGGGUGGCAGUUCUUUUGGGGGGACUAGCCUACACGGCUUACUGUCAGGACCUGUUUAGUGAGACAGAGCUAGCCUUCCUUGUCUCUGGUGCCAUAUUGUAUGGGUGCUACUGGGUGGCCCUCCUCAUGUUAUAUCUGGCCAUCAUUGCCCGGCGAUGUGGAAAGAAGCCAGAGCAGUAUAGUCUGGCUUUUGCUGAGGUGUGACAUAGUCCCCUAUCAGAGCGGGAAAAGUGCAAUGGGCAAGGGAGGGAAGGGGAAUGGAAAAGUGGGGUGGGAGGGAGGAGGGAGUGCUGUGUUUUUGUUUCUUAAUGGUCCAAAGGACAAAUAUGAAAUGCAAAGAAUAGUUGACUGUAGUAUGGCCUGAGCAGUGCUGCUUAGAGACAGUAACACUGAUUUCUCAGGCUUAGGAUAGAGGGGGUAUGUUUUCAGGCUGCCUAUCUGCUUUGCCUCUGCAUACAGGCAGUGGUCUCUGGGGAAGAUUCUACUUCUUCUCCCUGGGAUACAGAGGGAAUAGGAGCUCAGAAGUGUGCUACACUAAACUACAAAUUACAUUUGGUAGCAAGUUCUACUAAGUGAGCAAUGAGAGCCGGUAGGAAAGGGUUCUCCUAGCCCAUGUGAACACAACCAGAGAUGGUGGGAGAAUUCCUACUGAGAGAUCUGGGCCAGCUAGUGUCCCCACCUCCCCAGCCCCCAACUAGCCAUCAAUGCAAUAUGAUCGAGCCUGAGAUACAAGGCCCAGAGGCCUGAUCUUUGGGUGUCAGAAAACAGGGUCCAGGAAUGGUGCUUUACAUGAUGUAUUUACUCUACUCCGCAUCUCAACAUCCCAGGGAUGAGCCCAAACAGCAGGGAGUUAGCACUGAACUACUAAAAGUGUGUUUUUUAGAAGCUUGCCAUAAGGAACAAAGAUCAUGGUGGUACUAAAGGCCAUGGCCUAUAUAGACCUUAGACUGAGUAUGUGCCACUUGGAAAUCUCUCUGACUCCUAGAUGGAUUCUUGCUUGUGUGUGAUCUCUGCUGGGAAGACAAAUCAUUUUAGCUAUCUACUGGGAAGAUUAAAUCUCUACAUAUUUAGAAAGAGAGUGAGGUCCUUGGUAUUUAUACUUUUAGACUCCUCAAUUAUUCUCAAAUUCAACUGUGAGAUGAAACCAAGAUAGCUUCCUCACUUGACUUUUUUGAAAGGCAUUAUUUUUGGGUGUAUAACUGCAGUUACUUCUUAAAACCCUCAUCAUUAUCAUGGGUUAGGUUUUCUAGGGGGUACUGGGACAGUACCUGCUUCUUACAGGACCCUCUACAAUAGGCAAUCAUGCUCUUGGCUCACUGGAGAACUUAGGAGCCUCUGAUCAAACUGGCUACAAUCUUGGACCUGCCUGGACGGAUUUCCUGGUAGCUGGUGAGCAUGUGGACUUCUGGUCUACUAUUACUGACAAUCAUCUCCAAUGGAAACCUUUCCAGUGUUCCCAAAGUGAGCCCUCAAAUCCAAGCUGGUCAUCCUUGAGACUGUCCGUCCUCCUCAGUUGCUUCUCCAGGGAAUUCUUACAGCCGGGUUAUGGAUAGUCACUACUGAAAUUGCUUCUUUCCAGAAACCAAACUAAGAGAUGGAAUUGGUUCCUACAUCAUAUGAUUCUUGCAUUCCCUUGUGCUGUGUGAUUUCUCCUUGUGGCUUUUAGGGGAGUAAGAAGCUGUUUUUUAGUGAUGUGCAAUCCACAGACUUACCAGUGUUUGGGUUUGAAACCUGGAAUGUUGCCUAAGCCUUUGACUUAGGGACUGCUCACAUACUUGCUCUCCAAAUGUCCAUUCUCAGAGAGGCCAGUCAACCCCUCAGAACCAGCACCAAGGUGGAGAGCAGUCGAGGGAGUCAAGCCUCUAAUGUACCCAGGUGCUUCCUACAAAGGAACAAAUUAUGUGCUGAGCCACAGAUGGGCAAACCCUGGUGCUUUCCAUCAUCUUCCAUGAACUCAAGGGUUUGCUAGGUGUAACCAACAGUUGCCACAUCACACAGACCUCGAGUUUCUGAUAAGACUGCUGGAGGAUGUCAGGCCCAAGCUGGGAAGCAGGAGGCAUUUGUAAAGACAGCCAUUCUAGACUCUUCUGUGUUUCUGCUGGCUAAGAAGUAACUAUUUUGAGCACUACAGUGGAGGAAAUCCGGUCAACCAACUGCAGAGGUCACACUAAGGGCUUAAUUUUCCUUAGCUUCUACUUGAAAGUUCAUGUACGAUGAUGGACUCUGGAUGGAGAACUGCUGACUGUCCUAACAUCAGCCUUCCUCAUCUCAAAUGAAGGCAGGUACAGAUGAGUGGGCAGACUACUUUCAACCUCAACUGGCUUUUCUAAGUUACUUUGUACGUUUUCCAGCAGCAAAGCCAAACCAGGUCUUCAGCUUUAUCCCCAUUUCUUGCAAGGGAAGAGCCUUUAUACAACUGGAUGCAUUCUGGGUUUUCCUCAUUGAGAAUUUUAACCCUCUUUUGUAUUAUUUCUAUGAUAAUUUGUACACAUAUUUAUUUUUACCUUUUUUUU